AUGGCAAUCAAAAACGUCGUCGUCAUCGGUGGUGCAGGAAAUCUCGGUCCUGCAAUCAUUAACGCCCUGGCUGCCUCCCCACAUGGAUAUUCCGUCUCCGUACUCUCACGAGAGUCCUCCACAUAUGCACCCCCGGCGGGAAUCAAGCUACUAAAGACAGAUUACACGCAUGAAUCGCUAGUCGACACGCUCAAGGGCCAGGAUGCCGUUGUAUCUACCAUUGGCGGUGCCGCUAUCGAUGCCCAAAAGAAAGUCAUCGACGCGGCCAUUGCUGCGGGGGUCAAGCGCUUCAUCCCGUCUGAGUUUGGGUCUGAUACGUCCAACCCACUCGCGCUGAAUUACUUUCCUGGAUGGGCCAAGAAGGUUGAGGUCCGGGAGUAUUUGGAAAGCAAGCAGGACCAAAUCGAAUGGACUGCGAUUUUCACCGGGCUGUUCUUUGACUGGGGCAUUAAAGUGGGUUUCAUCGGGAUCAAUGCCGCGGACAAAACCGCUAGGAUCAAUACCAAAUAUAAGGAUGUCGUAUUCUCAGCAACCAACCUGGGCGACAUAGGAGCAGCCGUUGCACAGGCGUUGUCACCAGCCAUUGCCGCCAAAACGGCCAACCAGAUUCUGCGUGUGCACACGGUGACGGCUUCGCAGGCCGACAUUCUGGCUGCCUUUGAGGCCGCGAGCGGCAGCAAGUACACCAUCCAGUCCGUCGAUCUCGACGCGGAAUUCGCGGCGGCUCAGCAGAAGCUGCAGCAGGGCGACUUUAGCGGUGUCGGCGCGCUGAUCACAAGAGCCAUUGUCGACCCUCUCACGGGGAACAAUUUCGAACAGGCCGGACUGUCAAACGAGUUGCUGGAGCUGCCGGCCCGGGGCCUGAAGGAGACAGUGCAGGCGCUGGUGUAG